AUGACGCUCGGGGGUCGAUCGAGACGGAAUCGAACGAGAGCGUUACCGAGCGACGACGAGGGCGAGGACGAGGCGGCGGCUCGAGACGACGACGAUGAUGAUGAUGAUGAUGGUUUUGAAAAUAGUCCCGAGGCGAAGAGAACGCGAACGACGCGAACGGGAAAUCCCGGUGCGUCUGGACGGACGAGCGGAAGAGAGCGAAGGCGAUCGUCGAGACACGGCGAGAGGCCGAGAAAGAGAUACGUCGAGCCGAACGACGAAGAUGAUGACGAUGAGGUCCAGGACGGCGACGACAGUUUCAACGAGGACGACGCCACGGAGGAGGAGGAGGAGGAUUUCAUCGAAGACAGCGACGACGAACCGAUUCGACGAAGCACGCGCGCGCGUGGAGCGGUGCAUCGGUUGUCGCCGACUUUCAACAGGCGGGCUCGAGGACAGGACAGCGAAGACGAUGAACCAGAGCUCGACGAGGACGAGCCGGAGACGGAUGACGACGAGAUUCGAGUCGAGAACAAGUCGUACCCAAAACGCGAGCGUGGACCUCCGCCGGAACGAUUCGUGCCGCAGCCGCACGAGCGUGGGCGCGACGAGGAGGAUGGAAAGAAGAAGAGUCUCUUCGAUCGACGCGGAGUGUGGAAGGAUGACAGACCCAAACGCUCUUCGAGGGACAGAAGGCGGCAGACUUCUGGACGGUGGAUCGACGACUCGGAGGAUUCGGAUGACGGUGAUUUCAACCUCGGCGUGGGAGCCGUAGAUGCUUUCAAAGCACCACCGCCAUAUCCUCUCGCGGGGGCGUCUGGGGGUGCUUCGAAGACGGCGCCGCCAGGCGGCCAAGACGCGAGCGCGGAAAUCACCCCGGUGACAGUUGAUCCCACGUUGUCCUUCUCGUCAGUCGGCGGACUCGACAAGUACGUCGACGCUCUGAAGGAGAUGGUUUUUUUACCUCUGCUCUACCCGGAGGUCUUCGCGCGAUUCAAAAUGAGCCCUCCGCGAGGCGUUCUUCUGUACGGCGCGCCGGGCACGGGGAAGACGCUCAUCGCGAGAGCGCUCGCGGCGUCGUGCUCUCGCGCGGGAUCUGAAGUCGCAUUUUUCAUGCGCAAGGGUGCCGACGUGUUAAGUAAAUGGGUCGGCGAGUCGGAGCGCCAGCUACGGUUGUUAUUCGAAGAGGCGCAAAAGCGACAGCCAGCAAUCAUAUUUUUCGAUGAACUCGACGGGUUGGCGCCCGUGCGUUCGAGCAAGACGGAUCAAAUUCACAACUCGUUGGUAGCAACCUUGCUCGCUCUGAUGGAUGGAUUAGACAAUCGAGGGCGAGUCGUCGUUUUGGGUGCGACGAAUAGAGUGGAUUCCAUUGACGGUGCAUUGCGUCGUCCCGGUCGUUUCGAUCGAGAGCUCGCUUUCCCUUUGCCAGGCGUGCACGCUCGAGGUGAAAUCUUGCGCAUUCACACAAAGGAGUGGGAGCAGAGACCUUCCGAAGAACUCAUUAACGACCUCGCCGCAAAGUGCGUCGGCUAUUGCGGUGCCGAUUUGAAAGCGCUGUGUACAGAGGCGGCGGUGCACGCUCUUCGACGUCGGUAUCCACAGAUUUACGAGAGCGACGAGCGUUUGAACAUCGACCCAAGGCAAGUCAUUCCCAGUCGAGCGGACUUCAGGGCGGCGCUCGCAGCGAUUGUUCCCGCGUCUCAUCGCGCGGCGCGGACGCACGCACGACCUCUCACGCCGCUGCAAAAGCCACUUCUCGAGCUCGUGCUGGAGAAAUGUUUGGAUAGCAUUCGGGACACGUUCCCGCCGGCCGCGUUUAUCUCGCUCGACGGCGACGGCGAGGCUGUGGGUGUGAAAUCGGGUGCGCGUGAACUCAUCGACGAACUGGCGGAAGAAGAGGACGAGGAUAUUCUCGCGCAAGCCACGGCGAACGAUGAAGCUUCUGGAGCGUUGCCGAGCGAGUCUGCCGCCAACGCGGCGCUCGAAUUCAUGCGACGACCGCCGUGCCAACGCACGGCGCUGUGCAUUCACGGCGCCGAGACGAGCGGAUAUAAUCAACUGACGUCGGCGCUUCUGCACACCCUCGAGCAAUUUCCCGUUCACGCGAUCGGCAUGCCGUCGCUUCUCGGUGAUUCGGGUCGUUCACCCGAAGAGGCGCUCGUCACAGCCGUCACCGAAGCGCGGAGAGCCGCGCCGUCGGUUUUGUAUCUUCCGGAGAUCCGCCUCUGGUGGGAGAGCUCCACGCCGACACUUCGCGCGGCGCUAACGACGCUGUUGCGAGACAUUCCAACGGAUUUGCCCGUGAUGCUCAUCACAACGGCGGACGUGAUUGACAUCGGCGAGCUCGAAGAGAGUCUUCGAGCAUCGUUCGCUUCGGUGCGUUGGAAACCGGUUGCCAUGCCCGAGAAGUACGACGCCGACUCGUUAUCCAAGUUUUUCCUUCCUCUUCUGGACGCGGCAUUCAAAAUCGCACAAAAGAGGGACGAGGCGGCGGCGAAAGGCGAGCUCAUUCCUGGGAAAACGCCGAUGUCGGCGCGGCGACGAGAGGUUCUCAGCCGAGCGCCGCGAGCCGACGACGGACACGUCGGCGGCGUGAAACGCGGCGCUCAAAAGGUAUCGCAAGCCACCAUCGCGGUUGAGAACCACUUACUUCGCCAACAGCGCAUGUUCUUGCGAGACACCGUGACGAGACUGCUUUACCAAAAGAAUUGGGCGAUUUUAGCCGCGCCAAUCACCGACGAGGAGCUACCCGCGUACUCGCAGCGCGUCUCAGAACCGAUGGACCUGUCGACGUUACUCUGGAAGGUGGACAGCGAGAAGUACACAACCGUCGACAGCUUCCUCGCAGACGUCCAUUUGAUCGUGAAGAGCGCGCAUGAGUAUUGGGGCGAGAGCACCGACGACAGCGACGGGCGUCGAAUGUUGAGCAAGGCGCACGCUUUGGAGGAUACGAUUGCGCAACUGCUCACCGCGCUCGAUCCUCAGCUCGUGCUGAGGUGUAAAGAAAUCGAAAAGGCGCGCGCGGAGCGCGGGAAAAGCACCGCACCGAUAGACGUGGCGCCGGAGACGACCACCGCGGGUGGCGCAUCGUCUGAUUCCGGAGGUGAGAGGCCCGCGACGCGAAACGGCGACGGCGACGGCGGCAUCGCUCCCAAGGGCGCUCCCGUUUGGCGAAAUCCUGAUUUUGUCAAGGAUCCUGAAAAACUCGCCCGAGAGUUGAAGAAGAAAGCUCGCGACGAGGCGGCCGCGAACGUCAACUCUGAGGAAAACGGUCACGUCGAAAUGCCAAACGCUUCGUCUCCGAUGGAUGCGGACGACGUCGGCGCGAAUGAAACGGCGCGCGCUCGGGAGACGCCCGCGGAGACCCCGGCGGGCAAGACGGGACCGCCGGCGUUGGAUCCGUCCCAGUUGGAGACUUUGAAGGCAAAGGCGAUCGGUGAUUUCGUCAAUUUAGCGAAGGGGCGCUUCGGUUUCGCGGAACUAGAGGCGUUCGCGGGCGACAUUGCUCGCGCGGCGAAAAAGGCGUCCGCGGCGUGCGUCGCCGGAGGAACGCUUCGCGUCGACAAUCUGAACGCCGAGCUCGCCGCGUUACGAAGCGCUAGGGAGAAGUGA